AUGCUGGGUGACCACUCACCUCUUUUGGGUGGCGGUGGAGAUGCAGCAGCCACAUCAACACCCAACAUGACGGCGGAAGGUGGUGGUGGUGGCGGAGUUGGAUCAAAUUCUGAAAGUGAUAUUGAAAGAAGUAGAAUUGAUGAAGGUGAACGUAGCUUCAGCGGUAACCGGUGGCCGCGACCGGAAACUUUGGCGCUUUUAAGGAUACGAUCGGACAUGGAUACAGCGUUUAGAGAUGCAAGUGUUAAAGGUCCUCUGUGGGAUGAAGUUUCAAGGAAGCUAGCAGAACUUGGGUUUCAGAGAAGUGCAAAGAAAUGCAAAGAGAAAUUUGAAAAUGUUUAUAAAUACCAUAAGAGAACAAAAGAUGGUAGAGGUGGAAAAUCAGAUGGUAAAACUUAUAGAUUUUUUGAUCAAUUAGAAGCCCUUGAUCAUUUUCAUAACCACCCUUCAACUUAUCAACAACAAUAUCAGCCCCAAAACCAAUCAAAAUCGCCACAAAUUUCAGCACCAACACCAACACCGUCGCAAGCUGUUACAAUUGCGAUAACAGAAUCAACAACAGUAUCAAUGUCAUUGCCACCAGUGAUUAACACACCCAUUACUAUCCCUCAUGUAACUGUUUCAUCAAUUUCAAUGCCUCUAAACAAUAUUGUAACUACCCAAACCCAAACAAUGAAUAUGAUGAACCAAACAGUUUCUUCCAUUAAUCCUUCAACUAGUUUUCAACCAUCAACAACAAACCCUAUCACCACCAAUCCUCUUCCAUCUUUCCCUAACAUUUCUACAGAUCUGUUAUCCAAUUCCAUGGCAAGCUCCUACUCGACUUCCUCAGAAGACACAAUGGAAGAAGGAUCGCGAAAGAGGAAGCGGAAGUGGAAGGACUUUUUCGAGAGAUUGAUGAAGGAAGUGAUUGAGAAGCAAGAGGAUUUGCAGAAGAGAUUCUUGGAAGCAAUUGAGAAACGGGAGCAAGAAAAAGUGGCUAGAGAAGAAGCAUGGAGAGCACAGGAGAUGCUGAGAAUCAAUAGAGAGAGGGAAAUUCUUGCACAAGAAAGAUCUAUAGCUGCAGCGAAAGAUGCUGCAGUUAUGUCUUUCUUGCAAAAAAUUGCCGAACAACAAAAUCUAGGAGAAACAUUAAAUAACAUCAACAUUGCUCAACCACCUCCACCACAACAACCACAAAGAAAUGCAGCACCACCAGCAGCAUCACCAGCUCCAACACCAACAUCAGUGCCCGCACCAGCUCCAACACCAACACCAACACCAACACUAACACUAACACCAGUGCCCGCACCAGCUCCACUACCAACAUCAGCACCAACUUUAGCAGUACAAGUUCAUGCACCACCACCAUUGCAACCACCGCCUGUGACUAAGCCGGGCCAACCAAUUGUCCCACAGCAGCAAUUGGUGAUGAAUAGAGAAAUAGUAAAGUUUGAUAAUAACAGUGAGAAUUUCAUGGGACAAAGUCCUUCUCGGUGGCCGAAAGUGGAAGUUGAAGCACUGAUAAAUCUGAGAACAAGCAUGGACAAUAAGUACCAAGAGAAUGGACCAAAAGGCCCUCUAUGGGAGGAUAUAUCUUCAGCAAUGAGGAGCUUGGGGUACAAUAGGAAUGCCAAGAGGUGCAAAGAAAAAUGGGAGAACAUAAACAAGUACUUCAAAAAAGUGAAAGAAAGUAACAAGAAGAGACCGGAAGAUUCAAAGACAUGUCCUUAUUUUCAUCAGUUGGAUGCUUUAUACAGAGAGAAAAGCAAAGGAGACAAUUCUGGUGGCAGCGGCAGUGGCAGUGGUUUGAACCAGGUGGUGAAAGCGGAGAACAUGGCAGCUCCGUUGAUGGUGAGACCGGAGCAGCAAUGGCCACCUCAGCAAGAAGAGCGGAACUGUAGAGAGGAAGAAGAUAAUAUGGAUGAAGAUGAGAGAGGCAGAGAAGAAGAAGACAUGGAUGAAAGUGGUGGCGGUGGUGGUAACUUUGAGAUAGUUGCAAGCAAACCUGUGGGUGCAUCAGCCUGA